AUGGCUUCGCGCAAAAUCAUCGAAUUAGACGGCCGCACAGGAGAAGGAGGCGGUCAGCUGGUUCGCGUGGCCACAGCCCUGGCGGCCGUAACCACGCAACCAGUCCGCAUCACCAACGUGCGUGGGAACCGACCUUCACGCAGUGGAGGCAACGGGGGAGGUAUACGCAUGCCACCAGGUCUCAAAGCUCAGCACGUCACCGCAAUCAGGUGGCUCGCCGAGGCAACAGAAGCAGACGUUAAGGGUCUGGAGGUGGGCAGCAGCACUCUCACCUUCGAGCCGCGAAUCCCGCCGUCCACUGCUUUAGAGGGCAGGAGUAGAUGGAUCAAGAUCGUCGCGGACACCGGGGCUGCAAGCACGCUGCUCAUUCUUCAGGCCAUACUGCCUUUCCUCCUCUAUACGGCUGACGGUGAGGAAGAGCCUACGCCUGUGGAGCUUGAGAUAACUGGGGGGACCAAUGUCGGAAUGUCUCUGAGCUAUGAGUACCUUGACCAGGUCCUUUUGCCUAGACUAGAGGACGUCUUCGGUGUGAAUGUAGGCAGGCGUUUGAAACAGCGGGGGUGGAGUUUGGGACCGCAGAGUAGAGGAUCGAUUUGUCUGACUGUUCACCCUUUGAAACGAGGCCAAGCUCUACGGUCUCUCAAAUCAUCACCUGGCCAAGACUCCGUUGGGGCGGAGGUAAGGUAUGUAGACGUCUCGAUGGUUGUACCGUCGCACAUGCAUUCGGAACUACAGAAUACUCUGGUGCGAGACAUCUCCAACGCGUUCCCUGAAGCGGAGGUGGACUUCAAACUCAUUGAAGAUUCGGGCCACGACGCGCGGAUUUACACGUUACUAGUAGCCCGCUCCGCCAGCGGUUCUCUGCGCUGGGGCAGUGACAUCCUCAUGUCCACACCUAAAAAGGGGAAACAGAAGGACAGCGUCGCCUCGCUCGUCUCACGAAAAGUCGUCAGCAACCUAGCCAAGGAGCUCGCCGUCAAGACCUCGUCCUGCGACGAGUUCCUCCAAGACCAGCUCGUCAUAUUCCAAGCCCUCGCCUCAGGACGGACGUCGUUCCCCAGAGGCAUCGUGGCGGAGGGUGCUGACGUGGGUGUCUUGGAGCAAAACGUGGCGCAGCUGGAUCUUGGGGAGAGAAUGAGAAGAGACAAGACAGAUAAGCCAUUCGGCCAAGGCAGCAUGCAUUCGCAAACCGCGAGAUGGGUGGCUUCCGAGAUCAUGCCGACAGUGGAGUGGUACAACAAGGGUGCAAUAUGCAAGGGAGCUGGGACAAGCUUCAGUUAG